CCCGUUUGAAGCCGCCCGUCCCAUGCCAGCCUCCCGAAACCUAGGGACAAUCGACUGGGCUAACACUCGCUACCUGCGUUCGCCUUUUGAGUCGAUCAAUCUUGACUAGGGAGGGGCGCCUUAUUUAAAAGCCCUUUCCAAACAUAUUUCACUGCCCCUACAUUCCAAAUUUACUCCCCGCCCGUCGCAACCAUGGCAGCUCCUCCGCCCAUAGUCCUCGACGGAGGCACCGGUUUCCUCAAGGUCGGAUAUGCGGGCCAAAACUUUCCCGAGCACCAAUUCCCGUCGAUAGUCGGGCGGCCGAUCCUGCGAACCGAGGAAAAGGGCGACAACAUCCUGGGACCCGACGGCAAUGAGAUCAAGAUCAAGGACAUCAUGUGCGGCGACGAGGCGUCGGCGGCGCGCACCAUGCUGCAGGUCUCGUAUCCGAUGGAGAACGGCAUCGUUAAGAAAUGGGAUGAUAUGCAGCACCUCUGGGACCACACGUUUUACGAAAAGCUCAAGGUCGACCCUGCCGGCAGGAAGAUCCUGUUGACGGAGCCGCCCAUGAACCCGGUAAAGAACAGGGAGCAAAUGUGCGAAGUCAUGUUUGAGAGGUACAACUUUGGCGGCGUUUAUGUGGCCAUCCAGGCUGUGUUGGCGCUGUAUGCACAAGGUCUUUCUUCGGGUGUUGUUGUCGACUCGGGAGAUGGUGUCACACAUAUCGUUCCCGUCUACGAAUCCGUCGUGCUUAACCAUCUGACGAGGCGCUUGGAUGUGGCUGGACGCGACGUCACGCGCAACCUGAUUGCACUUCUCUUGCGCCGUGGGUACGCACUAAACCGUACUGCUGAUUUUGAGACCGUGAGGCAAAUCAAGGAGAAGCUUUGCUACGUUUCCUACGACCUCGAACUCGACAAGCGGCUCUCUGAAGAUACGACGGUGUUGGUGGAGAGCUACACGCUGCCCGAUGGGCGUGUCAUCCGCGUCGGCAGCGAGCGCUUCGAGGCCCCCGAGUGCCUGUUCCAACCCCACCUGGUCGACUGCGAGCAGAAGGGUAUGGGAGAGUUCCUGUUCGACACGAUCCAGGCGGCCGACGUCGACGUCCGCAGCAGCUUGUUCAAGGCCAUUGUACUCUCGGGCGGUAGCAGCAUGUAUCCGGGUCUGCCUUCGCGACUGGAGAAGGAGCUCAAGCAGUUGUGGCUUACCAAGGUCCUGGGCGGGAACCCAGAGCGGCUGAGCAAGUUCAAGGUCAGGAUAGAAGACCCGCCGCGCAGGCGGCACAUGGUGUUCCUGGGCGGCGCUGUCCUGGCAAACAUCAUGGCGGACAAGGAGAACAUGUGGAUCACGAAGCAGGAGUGGGAGGAACAGGGGUCGAGAGUACUGGAGAAGCUGGGGCCGCGGAGCUAAGCAAAUAACAAGAGGAAGAGUCGCGCUUUGAUUUUAUUUUUAUCCCCAUCCUUGUGUUUCUCGUGCGAAACGGUGUUGAGUUGGAAUGUGACGAUGAUCAUGAUGAUGAUUGCUAGACGUACACAAAAUCUUGAACCUAUUGGCUCUCACCGAUUUAUUUUGGUGGUGUCGGCGGCGGCAGGCUUUUUUUUCUUUCUCUCUUUUCUCUUCUUUCUUUGUUAUCAGCAUGGCUUAUAAAAUUGAGGCGUGUUUAUAGUUUUUCUCCAAUCACAUUUCACGGCGAGAUGGCAGGCAGUUCCGGGGUGUUGGGAAGAACAACUCCUUGCAUGCAGGCAGGUUGAUGGUACAACACCAGGAACUUCCCUUGUGGCUUUUGAAGAAAUGUCCUCUUUUAUGCGCGUAGGUACUUGCCUCAAAAGCCCCU